CUCUGCGCAUGCGCGUCCGGGUCAGUUCCGGGCUGCGCGCUGUCGUGUCGAGAGAUCAACAUCAGGCAGCAGCUGUUUUAAUGACAUUUACUCUCUGCCCGUCCUGGAAAAUCCCUUCAGUUUAACAGAAGUUUACUCUGUGAACAUCGACGUUUAAAACAUUAGCUAAAGCGGACACGCAGGAGGAUGAACUACAUCUGGGAAGUGGUGGGAAGGCAGCCGACAGGCCAGCAGCCGAGCGGAGCGGAGACCAUUCAGAAACUGUGUGACCGCAUGGCUUCAUCAACCCUGCUGGAGGACCGGAGAGAUGCAGUCCGUGCCAUCAAGUCUCUGUCCAAGAAAUACCGUGUGGAGGUCGGCACAAUGGCUAUGGACCAUUUGCUUCGAAUACUGCAGAGUGACCGGACAGACACUGAAAUCCUAGGUUACGCUUUGGACACUUUGUACAAUAUAGUCUGCAGUGACGAAGAGGAGGAGCCAGAAGAUUCUGAAGAGGAGAACCAGCAGAAGCAGGAGGAUGAUUUGGGAGCUCGGUUCACUGAGGAGUUCAUCGGGGAACCAGAUAAUAUCACUCUUCUCCUCACGCUGUUGGAGGAGUUUGACUUCCACGUGCGCUGGCGGGGUGUGAAGCUCCUGACUGUUCUUCUGAAGAGCCAGUGUGCUCCGGUCCAGAGCAUCGUCCUGGUCAGCCCCAUGGGAGUGUCCAGGUUAAUGGAUCUUCUUGCUGACUCCAGAGAAGUUAUCCGUAAUGACGGUCUCCUGCUGCUGCAGCAGCUAACCAAAGGCAACACCGCGAUUCAGAAGAUCGUGGCUUUUGAAAACGCAUUUGAGAGACUUCUUGAGAUCAUCACAGAGGAGGGUUCGAGCGAUGGAGGUAUCGUGGUGGAGGACUGUCUCUUAUUGCUGCUCAACCUCCUGAAGAACAAUAGCUCCAACCAGAAUUUUUUAAAAGAAGGCUCCUAUAUCCAGAAGAUGAAGCCGUGGUUUGAGGUGGGAGAUGACAACUCCGGCUGGUCGGCACAGAAGGUCACCAACCUCCAUCUGAUGCUGCAGCUGGUGCGAGUGAUGGUUUCUCCGGUGAACUCUCCGGGGGCCACAGCCAGCUGUCAGAAGGCCAUGUUCCAGUGUGGUCUCCUCCAGCAGCUCUGCACCAUCCUCAUGGCCACAGGUGUUCCUGCAGACAUCCUCACAGAGACCAUCAAUACAGUGUCAGAAGUCAUUCGUGGCUCUGAAGUGAAUCAGGACUACUUUGCAUCUGUUAACGCACCAUCCAAUCCACCAAGGCCUGCGAUUGUAGUUCUUCUCAUGUCGAUGGUGAACGAGAGACAGCCGUUCGUUCUGCGCUGUGCUGUACUGUACUGCUUCCAGUGCUUCCUGUACAAGAACCAUAAAGGACAGGGCGAGAUCGUAGCCACACUGCUGCCCUCCACUAUAGAUGCUAGCUCUAUCUCGGCGGGGCAGCUGUUGUGUGGAGGUCUGUUCUCAGCGGAUUCUCUGUCAAACUGGUGUGCCGCUGUGGCUCUGGCUCACGCGCUGCAGGAUAACCUCACACAGAAAGAACAGCUGCUGCGUGUACAACUAGCCACCAGUCUGGGCAAGCCUCCCGUCUCCCUCCUCCAGCAGUGCACUAACAGCCUAUCCCAGGGCGAUAAGCUCGAGCGGCGGGGCAGUCGUGUGCAGACGAAGGUCGGUCUCCUCAUGUUGCUCUGCACCUGGAUCAGUAACUGUCCAAUCGCUGUCAUGCACUUCCUGCACAAUCAAGACAACGUUCCCUUUCUGACGGGUCAAAUCUCAGAAAACCUGGGUGAGGAUGAGCGCCUGGUUCAGGGUCUGUGCGCUCUGCUGCUGGGUAUUUGCAUCUACUAUAAUGACAACAGCUUGGAGAAUUACACAAAAGAAAAGCUGAAGCAGCUGAUCGAGAAGCGCAUAGGAAAGGAAAACUUUGUGGAGAAGCUGGGCUUUAUAAGCAAACACGAGCUGUACUCCCGUGCUGCUCAGAAACCUCAGCCGGCCUUCUCCGCUCCAGAACACAUGCUGUUCGAUCACGAGUUCACCAAACUCAUCAAAGAGCUGGAAGGGAUGAUAACAAAAGCUGUGCUUAAGUCGAGCGAGGAAGAGAAAAAGGAAGAAGAGGUGAAGAAAACACUAGAACAGCAUGACAGCAUUGUAACGCAGUACAAAGAGCUGAUUAGAGAACAGGAUUGUCAAAUAAAUGAGCUGAAGGAGCAAGUAGCAUCGCUGACUUCCCAGAGCGAGACGCUGCAGAGCACCGUAACGCAGCAGUUCUCUCAGAUGCAGCAGCACAAAGACCAGUACAACAUCCUCAAACUCAAGCUGGGUAAAGACGGUCAUGUGAACAGCCUGCAGACGGAGGAGCAGAGCCGACUCCGAAAGAAGCUGGAGGAGCUGCAGAGACAAAACCAGCUGCUGCAGACACAGCUGACUGAAAGAGACUCUCUGAUGACCAGCCUGGUGUGUGUGUGUGUGUGUGUGUGUGCAAGUGAGAGUGUACCACAUCUUGUGUUUGUGUUUGUGUUUGUGUCAGGCUGCGGCUGCAGGAGACGAUGCUGUCCACUCAGAGUUAGACAGCAGACUCAAGGCUCUGUCUGUCAGGAGCAAGUUCAAGCUCUUCUGGAGAGCAAGGAGCUGAUGGAGAAGGAGCUUUCUUCAGCCACGAGCUCAGCUGCUGUCAUGCAGACGGAGAAGAGCAAGCUACAGCAGGAGCUGCAGGAGUCCAAGAAAGAGCAGGACGAUCUCCUCAUGCUGCUCGCCGACCAGGACCAGAAGAUUCUGAGCCUCAAACACAGACUCCAGGACUUGGGAGAGACGAUUGAAGAUGAGGAUGAUCUGGAUGCAAGGGACCAGUUUGACGACGAUGAUGAUGAUGAAGAGGAAGAAGAGUGUGAUGAAUAAAAAAGAAUUGACUUCGUAGUGGAAGACUGCUAAUACUAACCUGUCACUUACACACUUCGAGAAAGAGACCGAAGGCCAUAGAGCUGAUCUUCUGAUUUUUAGAAGAAUCACAUAUUUGUUUAUUUUCUUCGUACCUGCUUUUUAAUUUUUAGAAUUUCUUUUGCAGUGGGAAAACCGUUGAACCCAUUGCAUUUCAAAGAAGCUUUGUGUUUGAUCCACUGUCCCGCUGCUUGCGUCCUGGUGGCACACCAUCGAAGAUGCUUGAGGGGAAAUAAAGAAGCUCUUCGUCUGCUCUGCUCGGUUUAACAUCUCACUCAAACGUCCUCUUUUGCAUCAGAUCGCUGUUGUCUCUUUUUCUUCCAGCAUGCAACAGUUUUCAGAAUUGUUCAGCCAUACGCUCAUAUUCACAAAGGACCAGACACACUCCAGCUGCUUUGCAUUGCAUCGUGUGUUGUUUGUUCUUCAGUAAAACACUGCUGAAGUCCCUCUGAAGGAUGGGAUCAGACACUUGCAGGUUCCUCUCAAACUGGAGAGCUAUUGUGCAAAAUUUGAUUUAGCUUUUGGUUAAUUUAUGGAUAAACGAGCCUCCUUAGAAUAAACUGUGUAAAUGCACGUCUGUGGCGUUUUGGUUUUAAACUCGUUGUUGCAUGUACAGCUGUAUUUGAGGUAAUAAUAUCCACAAAUAGAAUUUUGCUAUGAACUGCAUUCAUGGUCAUGUUUGAAAAUGAGUUAUGCAUUAAUUAGAUAGGAAUUGUAAAGGAAGGCUUAUUAAAAUUCACAACGUAUUUUUCUUUAA